AUGGGUCUUUUAGAUGGAAAUCCAGCCAAUGAAACAUCAUUGGUUUUAUUAUUAUUUGCCGAUUUUUCUUCAAUGUUGGGUUGUAUGGCAGUGUUGAUUGGUUUUUGGAGAUUAAAACUUUUGCGUAAUCAUGUUACAAAAGUAAUUGCAUGUUUUUGUGCUACCUCCUUUUGUAAAGAUUUUCCUUCAACAAUUUUAACUUUAACAAAUACAGCUGUCAAUGGUGGUUUCCCUUGUUAUUUAUAUGCAAUUGUAAUUACAUAUGGUAGUUUUGCAUGUUGGUUGUGGACUUUAUGUCUUGCAAUUAGUAUUUAUAUGUUAAUUGUAAAAAGAGAACCAGAACCAGAAAGAUUUGAAAAAUAUUAUUAUUUAUUAUGUUGGGGUUUACCAUUAAUUUCAACAAUUGUUAUGUUGGCAAAAAAUACAGUACAAUUUGUUGGUAAUUGGUGUUGGAUUGGUGUAAGUUUCACUGGAUAUAGAUUUGGGUUAUUCUAUGGUCCAUUCUUAUUUAUUUGGGCAAUUUCAGCAGUAUUGGUUGGUUUAACAUCACGUUAUACCUAUGUUGUUAUUCAUAAUGGUGUUAGUGAUAAUAAAGAGAAACAUUUAACAUACCAAUUCAAAUUGAUCAACUAUAUCAUAGUUUUCCUUGUUUGUUGGGUAUUUGCAGUUGUUAAUCGUAUUGUAAAUGGUUUAAAUAUGUUUCCACCAGCACUCAAUAUUCUCCACACCUAUUUGAGUGUAUCCCAUGGUUUUUGGGCAUCUGUCACAUUUAUCUAUAAUAAUCCAUUAAUGUGGCGUUAUUUUGGUGCAAAGAUUUUAACAGUUUUCACAUUCUUUGGUUACUUUACUGAUGUACAAAAGAAAUUGGAAAAGAAUAAAAACAAUAACAAUCCAUCACCAUAUAGUUCAAGUCGUGGUACUUCUGGUAAAACUAUGGGUGGUCAUCCAACUGGUGAUGAUGUGCAAUGUAGUUCCGAUAUGGAGCAAUGUUCUUUGGAAAGACAUCCAAAUAUGGUAAAUAAUCAACAAAAUCUAAAUAAUAAUUAUGGUUUACAACAAAAUUAUAAUGAUGAAGGUUCAUCUUCAUCUUCUUUAUCAUCAUCUGAUGAAGAAAAACAGACUGUUGAAAUGCAAAAUAUUCAAAUUUCCACUUCAACAAAUGGUCAAGGAAAUAAUUGA